AUGGCCGACAAACUGGAGCCGUCGCAUUUCUCCCUCGACUUCGCCAUCCGGCAGUCCGUUCGCGAAGCCCCCAGCUACGCGACCACCACCUCUGAUCAGGUCCAGAAGCGUCCUACCGUCGUCCUCGACGCCAACGAGAAUGCCGAGGGCAACUGUCUGGACAAACACCGCUGGCUGAGCCAGUACCUCCCGUUCCUACGCCCAUUCGGCGUGAAACUCGACUCUCUGAAGAGAUAUCCCUCGGCCUCGCAGCGCGAUCUCAAACAGAAGAUUGCCCAAUGGCGCAAUCUAGACGGUAUAUGA